AUGGCUGAGCGGUUUCUUGCGUAUUUUGAUGGCAGAUAUUUCGAAGAGAAGAAGAAACAUCGAGGUAUCCUGAACAGUGAGGGACAUGUGGUGCAAGUGUGCAGCGAAGAGUAUCUCGUCACUCUUGGCCUUGAGAUCCUCCGCGCUAAGGCUUUUCCACUUGUGAAGCUCGUCCGUCCCCUCGAUGUGGAUGAGCAAAUCCGGCGUCUCAAGUUUUCGAGCAAAGAGGUUCUAAGACUUCUCCGCGCCCCCGACUUAUUUCCCUCUCCGGCAAGUAGGGCUAGAUUCGCUGCAAUCCUAGCUCUGGAUGCCAAUCUGCAAUUCGUGCAGGCAGUUAAGGAGCUCUUGGUGCGGGAUAUAGCUAGAGACGUCAACUCAUUUUACCUUGUCUGCGCCCGGCCCAUGUAUCAGCACGGCAGCAAGGGGUGGGAGAACUUCUUACUCAACAUGGCACCUGGUACACCAAUCGGGCUGAAGCGCGCGGAAACUAUACCAAAGUCUUCUUACCAAGUCAUUCCGCUUGGUGGAUUGAGAAUCAUCGGGGAUGCCCAUCGUGAGGAAGAAGCGCUUGCAAAAUGGAUCGAUGAAACUCCUGUCCUUCUGAACACGGCUCCGGCGGCGACAACGAAACUGCUUGACUUUGACAAUCCAGAUGAGCAAGAGCCAAAUCCGAGCUUAAGGCUCAGCCAGCAAAGUUACAGUAUGGCUCAUCGGCCGAAUCCAUACAAAGAGGACUCGACUCUCCGGUACGAUCUCUCAAGUCACGGCCCUGAGCGAUUGGAGGAUUAUGUCUCCACCAUCGGUGAUUUGGAAGCCAAUGUUAUGGUAGCCUUUCCCCCAGCGCCUCAGAACGCUCCGAACAUCUUUCCCAUGAUAUCCAUUCGCAUGGCAGUGGACGAGACUGGUAGCAAGACCAACGAAGCUACACAGCAUCAAUCCACGGGGAAAAUCUGUGUUUCCGAGUUCUUGGGCCAAGAGCGCAUGUACUUCCCCAGUCGCGUCCGCCACGGGAACCAAGGCACCAUGUCGGUGAUUCUGCCUACAGGCCAUGGUGAGGUCGAACGUGACUACGCCAUCAAGAUGUCAGCAUUCAAGCACCUCACUGAGGCAGACAUGUUUGGAAGAGACACCAAUUCAAUCUACAGCGACGGUCCCUGGGUGCGCCAGACCUGGUCGUCGCUGGCAUCGGAGGAUUUUAUGAACUCGCUGGUCGAUUGGGACGGCAUCAGAGCAGACGCCAAGCUGGUGCACGACUCGAUCAAUCCGGCUGCCGAAGAGCCCGAGACUCUGCACUUUGACAGCACGGCGGAGCAAGCCAAAUUCCAGCAAGAGCUCGACCGCAUCCUGUGGAUGUUGGAGUGA